AAAAGAAAAAACAGUAUCUUCAUAUCUCUUACGCUCCUCUUGUCAGUUUCCUCAUCUGAGGUGAAAUUUUGAGGUUUUUUGUUCACCGAGUCGAAGAAGAAGAAGAAGAUUGAAGAUAAUGGCCGACAAUUGCUUGUUUAGUGAAGAAGAUAUGGCGAUCGAUGAGGCUGUCGGCCACCCGCAAGCUUAUGCGAAGCUCUGCCGCGAUCGACAAGCUGGAUUGUACACUCAUGGUCCUCCUUUCACUUUCACGCCUUAUAGUCUGAAGAAACGAGAGUCUAUUGAUUGUCUUUGCAUAAUGUUUCAGACCGCAACAGCAAAGGAACUAGACCAAUUGUUUCCAAUAAUAAAUCCGAAGGCAAAGCCUACUGCGAAGCCUAAGCUUUUUGGGAGCCUCUUAUGGAAGCAACUCAAUCAUCUCGGGAAUGCUGGGUUUGAUCCUGCGGUAAUUCGAGUUGACCAUUACGGCAAUGUUCUUUAUUAUCAUGCUGAUUCUGCUUCGCCACUUGCUUGGGAUAUUGAUCAUUGGUUUCCUUGCUCAAGAGGGGGACUGACUGUUCCAAGCAAUUUACGAAUACUUCAAUGGCAAGCCUGCAAGAGGAAGCAUCACAAGUUAGAGUUCUUAGUUCCUUGGUGGGAUUUUCAAUUAGGUAUUUCUGUAAACCAGUUUUUAUCCAUCUUUGCUUCGUCCAACUCAGAUUUCAGGCGCAGAGCAUUUUCAUUUUUGUUCUUUGAAGGCGAAAACGAAGAGCUGAAUACUUCUCAGACAGUUGAAUCUCAUUCUUUUCCCCAACAUUUCGUGGAAGCCAAAGAGCGACUUGGCUUUGCUCCUGCUGCCAUCGUUUUAUCUCGAAGAGAAUUUUAUGAUUCUUCAUCACCUUUGAGAUCAUUGGACUACAAUAGGCAACCAAGACCAAGUAUCCCUAUAGUUGCUGCACGAAAAGUGAAACCUGAACUUCUCAAAGAGAAUGAAAACCCGGACUUCGUAAAGAACCCAUACCAAGCCAUUGUCAUGGCCAGAGAUUCUCUAAGACAAAGAGAUGAAAGAGCAAAGCUGAAGGCUGAAAUACAGAGAGUGGAUGAUGAAGUGAAUGAUAUGAAGCUAAAUAAUGAAGAAGAGAAGCUCACAAUUCAGGAGUUGGAACUGAAACUAAUUAAACAUAAACGAAGGGCAGAGAAGUGUAGGCGAUUAGCGGAGGCGCAAUCGUCUCAUAAGACAAUGCUGGAGAAGAUGAUCCGGGAUACCAUGCACCAGAGUGUUAUUUACAAGGAGCAGUUGAGGCUAAACCAAGCAGCGAGUAAUGCGCUAAUGGCCAGGCUUGAAGCGCAGAAGGAAAUUUGUAAUGCUGCUGAGAAGGAUCUCUACCAGAAGUAUAGACAGAGAGAUGAGCUGGAGAAACAGUUGAGGCCUGAAUGCGAUCAGGCUCGAAAAAGAUCAAGAAUGGACAAUAUGUUAUUGGAAGAAACAGACUACAAAGCUCCAACUUUAUUUUUGCAAGGAAUCAAGCCAAAGACACCUACACACAAAGAGCUGAGACUGUUUCUAGAGGAAGAACAAAGAGCUUCUGAAUGUGGUUUGUCCCAAAAUGGAGAGCAGAAACAAAAGGAAAGUGAAGUGGCCAUGGAGAAGCCUGGUGAAAAUGAGAACAAAGCAAUUGUUCCACUGGAGGAAGGAAGCUUAAUUACUCAAAGGUUUGAAAAUUUAGAAAUAGGAGAAGCAAAGAGACACGACAUGCUAUUCCCUUUCAUGCAAGAGUCAGAUGUCGAAAAAGAAGAUGAAGAGAGUAGAAAACAACGGGGCAAAGGAAACAUCGAGAAGUGGCUUCAAAUGCUGUUGGAUGAAAACCAAGAUACAGAUCCCCAAAAUGAAGAUGAAAACAGGACAAGCAAGACUCAUGAAAUAAGCACAAAACCGAAUGUAAGUUCCCCACAAAAGGAGGUCAAGGUCAUCACGACGACUACAGAAGAGCAAAACAAAGAAGAGACGCAUGAUAUAGAACAGACUGUUGAAGAGAAAGGCAGGAUUGUUGGAACUGAAGGCAGCAAAACAGAAAAAGAAGUGAGCAUUGAAGAAAGUGAAAAGAAUGAGCUUAGUGGGAAGGAAAUAAGGUUCACAAGGUCAGACAGUGGAAGGAUCUUCAGGAGAAUCCCAUCUUCACCAUCUCUGAUCUUGGGGAUGAAGAAGGGAGUAGACUGUAUGGGAAAGAAACCAAUGGUAAGAGGGGAUGACGAUGCCGAUGUCGAAGAUCAUGCUUCGAAAAACAGCUUUAUCAAAUCUUCUAUCAAGACACUCAAGAAGGCAGUAAGGAUAUGAAACUUGCCUGUUUCAAUUAUGCCUGUUUCAGUAAGGAUAUGAAACUUGCCUGUUUCAAUUAUGCCUGCUGUGUUUUAACUGUCUGUCUUGCUUGUCCAUAUAGUUCUUUGUUUUUUCCUUUUUUAUUUUUUCUGGGUGUUGGUUACUUGAUGAUGAGAAACAAUAGAUCACUGCAUCUAGGCGCUCCAUGCAAAAGAUUUAGUGCAUUUUUUUCUUGGAUAUGUUUGUAAUAUAAGGCUUUUUGUUGUGAUAUAAAUACUCCUAAAUUGAUUAUUUUUUUUAAUAACAUUUAAACAGCAUAACUUUUAAAUUAUA